GAAUACCGCGCAAUAAUUCUCAUAGCAGUGUUGCUGUUGAGAUACGAAAAAGGAAUAAUCAUGAUUGAAAGGGAGCGAAGCAUUGGUAUGAUUUCUAUGAGUGAUGUUUUAGUGAGUGAGAGUUUACCGGAAAGUGAGCGGAGCACUGAUACGAUUUCUGUGAGAGACGUUUUAGUGAGGGAGCCAUCGUUUCAAAGUUUACCGGAAGGAACUUUUCAAAAUGUUCCUCCGACUUAUGACAGACUCGAUCACAAAACAAAAAGGAGUGAUUCUAUACAUACAUGUUCUACAGUUAGCAGUGCUGCGCCACUCAUUGGAAUAAAGAAAUCUGCUAGACCAAAUUUGAUGAAGAUUGGUAUGGUUACAUUUAUAGUUGUUAGUAUUUGCACGAUUAUAGGUCUCAUCGUUGCCUUAGCUGUAUGUUCAAAUGGGAAAUAUAAGAAGAAUAACAACAAUUGCCAAAAUAAUGGAAAAACUACAGCUUCACCUCUGUCAGUGCCAGAUGAGACCUCAACACAAAUGACCACAUCGAAAGCAGAUACCGACACUACGAAGAUAACUGAACCAAUUGAGGCGACGUCAGUAGAGUCCGUAGAUACCUCUUCAUCGUCAGUAUCUACAACAACAUCCAGUUCCACUCAAGGCACAUGGCUGACAUUGGGUACAUGGACAGAGUGCAGUUCAACAUGUGGGAAUGGUAUUUACACCAGGUAUCGUGACAAAAGCACAGAUUGCCAAGGACUUUAUGUUCAGACGGACAUUUGUAUAGAUACUGUGUGCCAAGAAUAUGGAAACUGGGCAACAUGGUCGUCCUGGGAUACUUGUGACGUCACAUGUGAUGGGGGUACUCAGUCACGCACGAGAUCUUGUCUGAAAACUGAUGCAUCUGAUCUAGAUUGUAUUGGUGACAACACACAACAGCAGCAAUGUGCUAAAUGGGAAUGCCCAGACUGUUCGAAGGUUUGUUUUGAAGGAGAUCUAAGCCCAACUUGCGAAAUGUGUAUUUGUAACACGACUAGACAAGGUGUUGUGAUGACGACCGACAAUGAAGCAAUAUCAAACGCAACUGUGUUUUUAGAUUCGAAUCCCACCACUGUAAUUGCAUAUUCAGAAGAUUUUGGCUCAUUUUCUAGUGAAGUUGUUUGUGACGGAGGAUAUUCAUCACCGGUUUGUCAAAUCAGCUCUGCAAGAAUUACAUGCACUAUCGUGAAAACUGAAAAACCAAUAUUUAUUGAACAUCCCCAGCCAAAAGCUAGACUUGUUGGAGAAAAUGUCACAUUGUGUUGUUCCGCAGAAGGUAUACCGGAUAUAAAGUAUUAUGAAUGGAUGAAAGGCUCCCUUCUAUCCUGA